AUGUCGGCUACUGCUCCGAUACCCCUGGUGCCCUUGAUGCCUGGCGCGACACAAACAUCAGGCACAGGUGCGGCGGCAAUUUCACCGCCUGCUCUUCCGACUAGCCGUGGGCUGUCUCCUCCCGCCCAGAUGCAGACACAACAGGUAUCGACCUCAACAUCUGGACAAAUUGCCACAGGACCAACAUCGUCGACAACCACACCAGUCAUACAGAAUGCCAACUCUGGACAAAAUAGCGGAGCAAGGCAUCAUUGGAGCAGCCUUGCCCAUGUCAAUGUCUCUGUCGCAACUUGGCUGGGCGUGGGACUAGCCACUGCUGCACUACUCGUUGCUAUCUCCUAUGGCGGCCCAAUGUAUCGUCUAGCCAUAUGGACGGCCAGAAAGGACUUCCGAGAAGCAUGUGUCAACGAUCGAAGUAUUGGCCUGACCUCUGCGGCUUGUAAUAUCACAUUACUUGAUCCGCUGCGCCCUCCGCCGAUCAGCAAGAGGUCUUUCGCGCCAUCUACGCUGUCUCCUGGCACCACUGGACCUAUCGUAGUCACCAGCACGAUUGUAGCUGGAGCUGUGAUGCUCGUUUCGGUCUUCACGAUCUUCCGCAAAUACCUUGAAGAUCGGCCCAUCCCAGUUGUGUCAUAUGUCCGCGCGAAUCUUGCUUGUAUGGUGGCAUUGCCGGGUCCUUCGGUUGGCAGCGUGCUUGCGAGCGGCUGCACGCUUGUCUAUAUCCCGCUGCGGCAUGGACGAGGAAUCGUACUUAAGAAGGAAAGCAUACUGGCCGAUGGCAAUGACAGACUUUGCAUCUUCUGCUCUGACGGCUCCACGGACCUUGAUGAUGCGCAUGUUGAGCCACAGACAAUGACAAUAUGCGGACACCGCGUACACGAUCAGAGAUCAGUCCGCGACGUGGUUUCCAAGCCUCCUGCCCAUGGCUCUGACCAUGUGCUCGAACCACCAGACUAUACUCAAGCUGCUACUGUAACGAGGAAAAGGAAGCUGUCCAACAGCGUAGACAUGUCCGUGCAAUCGAUGGCGCCCUCCGAGGGAAUUGAAGACUUCGACGAAGCAGCGACUCACAUGGAGCGUGUCAGCGCGGUGACUAAGUGGCUGGAGGGUGUGCAACACACCGCACCCACGACCCGGGAACUGCCAGACGGCGCACUGGUGAAAGCGGAGAGGCCGAAGCGUAAGGCUUUGUCGACAAACUCCGAUCCAGGGUUGGCUGCCUGGAAUAUCGUGUCCAGUGUGGAAGUUGAUGACCAAGACCGUGUCUCAGACUCAAGGUCUGUGUUCAAACUAUGGCCAAUGCAGCCUAGCAGCCCAAGUCUGCUUCCUGCGUCGACCAUACUACAGGACAACCUUCAGCAGCAAAUCAAGACGCACAAAGACACUGGAUCGUACUGUCCACCUCGUGUAACUGGUCUGCCGCUAUCCGCCUCGCCUGCAGUAACUUUGGGGAUGGGUCCGUCUGUCCAAGACAUGGAAGAAGGGCGGGCGGACCUUCUGAGCAAACGCUGGAACCUGCCCAUGGAUUACACAGAUGAGCCUCUUCGAAAAAUGGAUUUUGAUGCCUUUGAUAUCAACAAAGGACUGGUGGGUGCUACUGCACGUGAACGCCCUGGUGCGCGACCGGCCUUGCUCAAGCCACGCCGAAGCAAGGAACAAGAUCCAAGCGAGAACAGUCCUCCAGUCAAGGGCUGGCGUGCUCGUCUGCCACGUCUAUUCAAUAUCAAAGGCCCUCGAAUAGGGUGA